AUGGCCCUGAACACCCUUGAUUUUGUGGGGAUAAGCGGGCUACUGCUGACCAGUGUUGCCAUAUCAGAGGUUUUCCCUCCAGAUUUAGAGGUUUUUAUUCCUUGGGGAUCUUUGGAGGACAGGUCUGGCUGGCUGCUGGCAGAUAUCACGACCCAGUUUGCUGAGCUGCACGAGUUUCUGCGGAGGCGAGAGGAGGAGGUGAAGCGAGAUCUGAAAGCAGCCGAGCGGAGGGAUCUGGAGCCCAUGGAGAGGAACCUGCAGAGGAUCCAGAGGGAGCUGGGAGACAGGACUGAGCAGGCCAGGAAACUGCAGGAUUCCCAGAGCAUCACACAGCCUGUCACUUACCUCAAGUGGUGGAGUGAGACUGGCGCCCCCCUUGUGAUGGAAUUAAAAGAAGAGCCCCUCGAGGAUGCAGGAGUUGAACUAGAGGAGCCAGCGAAGCAGACCACGGGGUUUAAAUCCAAAGUGAAAGCCCUGGGCAUGAUCCCCGGCUCUUUAUCACUUGGUCCCUACGAGACACACUUGCAGUUUUCCAUUUGGAAGCAGAUGCUGACAGUGAUCAGAACAGUUCCAGGUCGAUUGACUUUGAAGACAUGGCGCUCAGCGCUCAGACUUUCCAAGGAUGGGUCAAGUGUGCGGCAGGUCGACUGGCAGAAUCAACAGCAAUCAGCUGAGAGUGAAGAGAGAUACAACAGGGACUUGUGUGCAGUCAGUAAAGAGGAAUUCACAUCAGGGAGACACUACUGGGAGGUGGAGGUGGGGGCUAAGACUGAUUGGGCUGUGGGGGUUCACAUGGAAAGAAAGCCAAAUGUAUUAAAUACAUUAAAAAAAAUUUUGAGGAAAUUCUAUUGUAAAGGACAGACAUAUAUUAUUCUGCAUUUUAAUGACAAUACAAAUUAUAGAAUGGAAGCUUCAUCAGAUAGCUCAAUCUCAAUGCAUUCCCACCCCAGUAAGAUCGGGGUGUACCUGGAUUAUGACCGAGGAGAGGUGGCGUUUUACAAUGCUGAUGACAUGUCCCUCAUCCACACAGUCACUGAGAAACUCACUGAACCCGUUUCUGCUUACUUGAACCCUGGGCCCUAUUUGAAAGGUAAAAAUGCAGAUCCAUUAAAAAUCUGCUAUUACUGAUUCCACAGUUUAACUCACUACUUAACCGACUAUACUGAGAAAAUAAGACUAGGAAUAUAUUUAAUAUAUGUUAAUAAACAAUUGUGUUGCAUGAAUGACAGUAGCAAUAGUAACCACAACGUUAUCACCAAGUCAGUAUGUGUUCCUGUGUAAUCAAAGCCCAUCACUAUUGUUUUAAGGAUGGAUUAUGGAUUAUGAAUUAUUUUAUUUUUUUUAUUCUUUCUUUCUGAUGCAGUAUAGGAUAGAAUGUUAUUGUAAAAGCUGACAUUUAUUCCAAUAUAUUGCAAUGUAAUCUAAAUAUGUAUUAUCUAGAAUUCUAUUUACUUCUCUGCUCUGACCCCCCUACUUGUAUGAUGUUAUAUUUUCUAAUCUUAAAUCAAAAGAGUUUUGUGUCUUGCUUAAAUUAAUUAUUCUAGUGAUUCCCUUUAAAUUAUUAAAACACACAAUAAGCAAAAACGUACGAUCUAUCUUAUGAACAAAUGUUAAAAAAGAUGAUAGGAUCACAUCUUUCCAGUUGAUACCUUAUCAUACACAGUCUUCUCACCAGUAAAGCUCAUAGUGCAAUUUCCCUGUCUCUGUCUCCAAUGGCAU